UCAAAAACAUAUGGAGCUCCCCAUUGACAUUUCUGACUGCUAAGUGUAAUAUCAUCGAAGUCGUACAAAAGAAAAGGGAAAAUAACAACAACCUUCAAAUUGUGAUCCUGAUCUAAUUUGCAUCCCUAAAUUCACAAUUUAAGUCGGACGAAAUGACUAGCUAUCCGGACGGAGAUGAGCAAAUGAGCUAUAAUGUGGGUUCGUUUCCCAAAGAUUUUGGCUAUGGCAAUUUCGAACAUGAGGAGCAAAGUAGCAGCGACCAAAAACCGAGAAUAUUAUUGAUGGGUCUCCGCAGAUCCGGUAAAAGUUCCAUACAAAAGGUGGUGUUUCAUAAAAUGUCACCCAACGAGACACUCUUCCUCGAAUCGACCAACAAAAUUGUCAAAGACGACAUCAACAACAGCAGUUUCGUACAAUUCCAAAUCUGGGACUUUCCGGGCCAAAUUGAUUUCUUCGACGCAUCAUUCGACUCGGACAUGAUUUUCGGUGGGUGUGGUGCGUUGGUAUUCGUCAUUGAUGCCCGAGACGAUUACAUCGAAGCGCUGACCAAACUCAAUCAAACCGUCACCAAGGCGUACAAAGUGAAUUCCCGAAUCAAGUUCGAGGUGUUCAUUCACAAGGUGGACGGUAUCAGUGACGAUUUGAAAAUGGAAACUCAACGUGACAUCCAUCAGAGGGCCACCGAUGAUCUGGCAGAUGCUGGAUUGGAUCAGAUUUUAUUGAAUUUCCAUCUGACUUCCAUUUAUGAUCAUUCGAUAUUCGAAGCGUUUUCCAAGGUGGUGCAGAAAUUGAUUCCACAGUUGCCGACACUAGAGAAUCUGUUGAACAUUUUAGUUUCGAAUUCGGGCAUUGAGAAAGCCUUCCUAUUCGACGUGGUAUCAAAGAUUUAUAUUGCCACCGAUUGUUCGCCGGUUGAUAUGCAGAGCUACGAACUUUGUUGUGAUAUGAUCGACGUGGUUAUCGAUUUGUCGUCUAUAUACGGAUCCGAUGGAGCUGUCGACAGCCAGAGUGCUAGUGUAAUUAAACUGAAUAACAGUACAAUUCUCUAUUUGCGUGAGGUGAACAAAUUUCUGGCGCUCGUGUGCAUACUUCGUGAAGAUAAUUUCAGUCGACAAAGCGUAAUUGACUAUAAUGUGCUGUGUUUUCGAGAAGCAAUCAGCCAGGUAUUUGAACUGAGAACAAAAAAUCAAAAAUCUAGUCGCGAUGGAUCGUCCGAUGACGAAGAUGAUGAUGAUUUCAAUUCGAAUUUAAAUGGCGGUUCAGUGGUGCAAAGUGAAAAUUCCAUUUUAGCUUGAAUAAAUACAUUCAGUCUACCUUAACUAUUACUACUUUUAUAUAACACACACCUCACUGUUGAUUUUAAAUAAUUUUUUUUUUUAAUCGGAAGGAACAUAUUAAAUGUGUCAUUGUUACUACAUGAAUGAAGUGGAAAUAUAAUAUAUUUUUUAAAAGCGAAA